AUGUUAUUUAACAGUAUUAAUUGGCUUUUAAUUCAGGCGACUUUAUUUAUUGUCUGUGACGCGAUUUCGUUAUGGAAACCAAACUACCUAGAUGUUACUCCUCAGAAUAUACCAGAUACCCCUACUACUUCUAAUACCCAGGAUGACACCCCAACAAUGCUUGGAAUAACGGGUCGUGAGUUGAUUAAUCAUCUUAAAUCUAAUAUAAAUGGGUAUACCGGCAGCAGGAUUUUUACGGGUAAGAAAGACAAAGUGUCAGUGCUAUAUGACAAUCUAGCGAAGUACCUAGAGCUAAGCAAUGGAGAGGAUGUAAAAAGGCAUACUAGUUGUCAGCCUGAGCGGUCAAUCGUGGCUAAAUUGACUCGGGAUGUGACCAUUAUACCAAAUGUUCACUCUCAUAAUGAUUAUUGGAGGAAUUUACCUUUAUUAGAGGCAAUUGCAAGCGGAGUAACCAGUGUAGAGGCAGACGUUUGGCUCAAGGAUAAUAAUACUGGAUUAGCAGUUGGGCAUGACAAGAUAUAUCUAGGAGAUGAUUCCAAUGAUUAUUUACAGGACUUGUAUUUACACCCUUUAAAGCAGAUGUUGGACGAAGUCAAUUGCAACCUAGAAGCUGGCUCUCCACUCUCAGGUGUAUUUUAUAAUAAUCCCGAUCAAACGCUCUACUUGUACAUCGAUUUCAAAUCUUCAGAUAGUUCUGCUACUUAUCAGGUUCUUCGUGAAUAUCUAGCACCUAUGAUCGACCGCGGGUACCUUACCUUUUAUGACACAAGUAAGAAGAGCGUAAUUUACGGCCCUGUCACCAUUAUCCUAACAGGGAAUUAUCCGCUCGAUAUAGGUUCCGAUUCUUACAAACCAAGGAUCUACACGUUUCUUGAUGCCCCAUUGGAGGACAUAGUAAACAGAAAGGACGAUUUUAUCGCCAACCAAGUGUCUUUAAUAGCCUCGGCAUCCAUGAUCGAAUUGCUCAUGACUUGUAGAUCAUUCCCAGAAUCACAACCGAAUGUUCUGAGAUUUCACGAGCUAGAUGCUCAAGAUUUCCUAUGCUUGAAAGGCCACAUUGAAAAUGCUCACAACCUCGGGCUCCAAACCAGGAUAUGGGGCGUUCCUCAAUGGCCUAUAGAGUCAAGAUUAUUCCUAUGGAAGAAACAGUGGGAGCUUGGGGUUGACUUCCUAAACGUUGAUGAUCUACAAGGCAUCACCGAAUUCUAG